AGAGCCGGUGUCCGACAGACAUUUCUCAUACACUGUGUUUAUCUGUUUAUAUCCUAUAACUGUUUACAAAACAGUGCGAGGAACAGCUGUGUUUUGCAGUAGAUUGUAUUGUGAAUACAGUUAUACAUACUCUAGGUGGGACGACAUUUCUGUUAUAUUUUCCUGGAUUCACAAGCGGCUUUUCUUUCAUCUGGAUGAGAGGACCCUUACCGCAUUUUUGUUCCAGCAACGUGGACUCUAAGCUCUACACGGGAGACGGGAGAGUCAUACAAACGGAAUAAUAUUGCUGAAACGAAGUCAAACGAAGAACACACACACGUCGUAAACCACUGGUGGAUAUAUCCUUAAAGGAAUGCUUCUGUCCAAGCUGAAUUCUCUUGCCCACAUCUCCGCCGUAGACAUGCCGGCGAAAAUGCAGCACCAAGUUCAUCAAGGGAAGGAGAAGGAGCCCUUCGAGAAGCUGUAUCAGGUCGGCGCGGUGCUGGGUAGCGGGGGCUUCGGCACCGUCUACACCGGUACGAGGGUGGCUGACGGAGCUCCGGUUGCUGUCAAACACGUAGCCAAGGACAGAGUCUCAGAGUGGGGAGAGCUGCCUAAUGGCUCGCGGGUCCCAAUGGAGAUCGUGCUGUUGAAGAAAGUGAGCUCGGGCUUCCGCGGCGUUAUCAAAAUGCUGGACUGGUACGAGCGACCGGACAGCUUCAUCAUCGUAAUGGAGAGGCCCGAAAACGUCAAAGACUUGUUCGACUUCAUCACAGAGAAAGGGGCCUUACCGGAGGAUCUGGCGCGGAGCUUUUUCCGCCAGCUGCUGGAGGCCGUGCGCCACUGCCACAACAGCGGCGUGGUGCACCGCGACAUCAAGGAUGAAAACAUCCUCAUCGACCUCCGCACCGGGGAGAUCAAGCUCAUCGACUUUGGGUCCGGAGCCCUGCUAAAAGACACCAUUUACACAGACUUUGAUGGCACAAGAGUGUACAGCCCACCAGAGUGGAUCAAAUAUCACCGCUAUCACGGGCGCUCUGCCACAGUUUGGUCUCUGGGUGUCCUGCUGUACGACAUGGUGUGUGGGGACAUUCCAUUUGAACACGAUGAGGAGAUCACAAGAGGGCAGGUCCUCUUCCGGAGAAGAAUCUCAACAGAAUGCCAGCAGCUGAUCAAGUGGUGUCUUUCUCUGCGGCCCGCCGAUCGCCCCUCCUUCGAGGACAUCAUCAAUCACUCGUGGAUGCAGAGCACAUCCUCUUCAGUCGUCCCGUCCACAAUGCAGACGGAGAAGGCGGAGAUCCGACUGCACAGCAUCGCCCACGAGCCCACCGCCUUCACGCCAACUCCCGUACCCGCGGCUCGGUGAUGGAGGCAAACAGAACUGUACUGAACUGAGACUUUUACUAAAGUAACAGACUUGAAGCAGAGAGGAGGGGCGCCGCAUGGGCUGGCCGUCCUGACACAGGCACGAGUAAGGUGUCAAAGGACUAAAAGAAAACUAAGGUCAUGACUACACAAUCAUGGCUUGUUUUCAACCUGGAGCGCUCUCCGCCCCUCAUCACCCCAAACUACUUGAUUUCCCCCCGCUGUUGGGUGUUUAUCAGACUGUAGUAGGGCAUGCUCUGCGCUGACAGUACAUGCGCUCGCUGAAUGGCUGCGUUAUGUAACCUCUCGCUGCACUGCUGCAUCUCUCUGGGAUGAGCAGAGGUGCAAGAGGAAUAAAAAAAGAAGAAGUGCCUUCUGUGAGAUUGUUGGGGGGACCCUGAAAAUACUUGAAAGCAAAAAAAGGCUCCUUGUCUGAGACCCUUUUUUUAGCUACUUACAAGGCUUUAUAUUGUUUCCCUCUCAUGGGCCUAGAUCAGUAAUGUCAUUUACAACCACUGCUAUCACUCCCAUGUGAUUAGCAACCUCAUAGCAACGUGUGCAAACAAAAGAAAGAAACACUGGACUUACCUCCUUCUUUUUACUACAUAUCCACCUCCUGUCUACAACUCCACUUCCUCUGAGGCGGUUCACAUCCACCUGAAUGCACACCACAAUGCAACCAUACCGAAAUACAACAUCCUCUGCUCUUCACUUAAACAAAUGUUUUACGUUCAAACAGUGCCUCACACAGGUCUUAAAUAUUCAGUGGGGACAAGAAUUGUAAAUAAUAAUAAUGAUAUUUAUUAUUGCCGUGACUUACACAUUUAAUGAACACAGAAUUUAUUUAUUUAUCUAUGAGAGCAUUUUUUUGGCUGUUUGUGUGUAUUUCAUUCCACAGUCACUGAAGGGCCCACGGAUUAUUUAAAGAGACAAACAAAGAUUUUUUAUUUCUGACCAUAUUUAUGGCGUGGAAUUAUUUUUUAAAGAGCAGAUGUUUGUGUGUAUGUCAUGUAUAUAACGUGUAAAUAGUCCCAAAAAAGCACUUCCAUCUUAAUGUAUCUGAACAUUGGACGUCUACUGAUGGUAACAGUUUUUGUUAUGCUGUUGUCUGCUGAGAGAGCGAGUGGAUUCUGAAUGUGUGUGAAUGAAAGUGUGUGAGAUUGAGAAAACCUUUCUGUUUUCAUGACUGCAGGUUGGAUUGUUUUUUUCAUCAAUUCGAACUAGAAUUGUAAAUGAUCUUAGAAACAAUUUUUAUACGAUUUCAAUAAAUAUUUUUUUAACAAUGA